GAGGGCAGCUCAGCGCACUUCACCAGGCCCAGCCGCGGCUGUCAGGUGGCGAUGGGUGCCGCACUACUGCUUGGUGUCAUCUCUGCCUGCGGGGCAUUUACGAAGACAGGUGACAGGCUCAACAAGCUGGGGUCGGCGGCACAGACCCUCGGCAAUCCGACGGAGCUGAGUCUGCAUGCGGAUUUGGAGAGGUCUGGCCAGUUGGGGCAAUCUCCGGGUUCCGGCUACGUCCGUAGCUGCCUCGGAAAGGCAACAAAGCAUUGCACGCCGCCGCCCUGUGAGCUUUCGCAUACGGACCUUGGAUCGGAGUGUGAAGCGAUCACCUCGAGAGUGAUGCGGUGCCAGCGCAAAUGUAAAGCGGAGGGAGGGAGCUUGGACCCCUCUGGCAGCCGGUACUCGGACUUGCACCAGAGCCGGGUAGCCUGCCCCGAUGACUUUACCGAUGCCAAUGCGACACUGGUUGGGCCAGAUCAACCACUGGAGUGGACUCAGCGAGGAAACUCCACUGUGCAGGUGGAACUUUGGGGCGGCGGCGGUGGUGGAACCGGUUCGUCUUUGGCAAGGGAUCAUGUCGAGGAAGUGGGCAUCAAUGUGAAAGUACAUGCAGUGCCACGAACCUUUGAUAUGUUCUACAAAGGAAUACCUUUCCCAAGCGGGAUCUAUUACAAGUUCAACGACACCAGGGGCAAGGUGCGAUAUGCCACAGCAGACGACACUGUCCACCUGGUACACCAUGAAACCUGUGAGUUCUUGCAUGACAAGCCCUGCUGGGAGUUCAGGGUCAAUUCCGUGAUCUUCAGGAGGGACAUGCAAAACCCCAAGGACAUGGCCCAGGCCGACGGGCCCGGCUUUGCAUCUCAAGCUCAGUGGGCCAAAUAUGAGGCCAUCCCGCCGUGGGGCCGGGGGGGCGGGGGGGGGCCGGAAACCCGCCCGGGGUUAGGCCGAAGAGAACCUGCUGAUUCGCAGCUCCGGCUGGUUGCUUUGGAUGGCUCCCCUGACCGGGUACCUCAAGGCAGGCAGAAGUGGAUCCACCCUCGAAGAUCCGACUCUUCCUACCCUUUCACCGAAUCUCAGCUCCUCCUGGACAUCACCAUUGA